AUGGACUUCAACAGCUCGUCGCCCUUCCCCGAGGGCGUCAUCUCCUUCUUGGACACCGACCUCUACAAGCUGACGAUGCAAUGCGCCGUCUUCAAGUACUUCAAGGACGUACAAGUCACUUACGCCUUCACGAACCGCACCCCCGAGAAGAAACUGUCGAGGGCCGCCUUCAACUGGCUGCAGGACCAGAUCCAAAAGCUCGGCAACAUCUCCCUCUCGGACGAGGAGUUUCGCUUCCUCAAGACCCAUUGCGAUUACCUGACCGAUGACUACGUCCGCUUCCUCAAGGACUUCCGCCUGCGCCCGCGCGAGCAGGCCGUCGCGACCUUCCACCCCGUCGGCGCCGACACCGGCGCCGAAUCCGACUCGGACAUUGGCGAGCUGCACGUCGAGAUCAAGGGCGCCUGGCUCGACACCAUCCUCUACGAGAUCCCUCUGCUCGCCCUGACCUCCGAGGCCUACUUCCGCUUCAUGGACACCGACUGGACCUACGACGGCCAGGAGGACCAGGCCUUCGCCAAGGGCAUGCGCCUGCUCGACGCCGGCUGUACCUUUUCCGAGUUCGGCACCCGCCGCCGCCGCGACUACCACACCCAAGCCCUCGUCUUCCGCGGCCUCGUCAAGGCCAGCAAGGAGGCCGAGAAGCAGGGCCUCAAGGGCAAGCUGACCGGCACCAGCAAUGUCCACCUCGCCAUGCGCUUCGGCAUCCCCCCCGUCGGCACCGUCGCCCACGAGUGGUUCAUGGGCAUCGCCGCCAUCCACGACGACUACAAGGCCGCCACCGAGCUGGCCCUGCGCUACUGGGUCGGCUGCUUCGGCGGCAAGCUCGGCAUCGCGCUGACCGACACCUUUGGUACCCAGGAGUUCCUGCGCGCCUUCAGCCAGCCCGUGCGGCCCGUCGACGGCGACGGCAACGACACCAGCUUCAAGACCCCCGACGGCAGCAGGCCGUUGACCUACGCCGAGCUGUUCCAAGGCGUGCGCCAGGAUUCUGGCGACCCGGCCGACUACGUCAAGAUGCUGCGCCAGUACUACGACAGCCAGGGCAUCAAAGACAAGAAGACCAUGGUGUUUUCCGACUCGCUCAACAUCGAGCGGUGUCUCGAGUACAAGGCCAUCUCCGAGGAGGCCGGCUUCACGCCGACCUUUGGCGUGGGCACCUUCCUGACCAACGACUUCACGCACCUCAAGACGGGCACCAAGUCGGUGCCGCUGAACAUUGUCAUCAAGCUGAGCUCCGCCAACGGACGGCCGGCGAUCAAGAUCAGCGACAACAUCGGCAAGAACACGGGCGACAAGGAGACUGUCAACAAGGUCAAGAGCCAGCUCGGCUACGUCGAGAAGGAGUGGACGGGUGGCGACGAGACGCAGCGCUGGGGCAAGGACGAGGACAAGGCAUAG